AUGUGCCACUGCGAAAACAUCACCGAUAGCAGCCUUGCCUUCCGCCAACGUGUCCUCCGAUACAAGAUUGGGCGUGAGUUAGAAUAUCCCCGGGACGAUUUCGAAUUUCUUCAGUCCAUUUAUGGACUCGAUGAAGAUGUUGUGGGUUCCGGUGAGACUCGUGUUACCCAGGAUAUUGGUAGCAUAUCAACUCGGGAAAGGCGCUUGCUGACCUUUCCGAAUAUACUUCAACACCAUGUGUCGCCAUUCGGUCUUGCGGACACCUCGAAAUCCGGGCACCGGAAAAUCCUGGCAUUGUUCCUUGUUGACCCGAACUACCGGAUUAUCUCUUCAGCCAAUGUGCCUCCUCAGAGCGAAGAGUGGUGGGAAGAAAAGUGGGAGGCUAUCUUUAACGCCCUGCCAACCAGGCUCCCGCGCGAGCUGCAGGACAUGGUGAUGCAGUAUAUGGACGUCGGCCAUAUCACGAUGAGGGAAGCUCGCAAACAUAGGCUGGAGCUGACGGCAGAGCGAACGGUGGAUACUCAGUUUAUGAACGAAGCGUUCGAGUAUGGGGACUUCAAUCUAUGCGAGCAUUGA